CCAACGACAAUUCCACACCUUGCCCAAACCGACACUCAAAGGGAAUAAGUUUCCCUUCCAUACAAUUCUCUCUCUGCGCUGACUAUUCCUUUCAAAGGAAUAACUGCAGGCAUUAUGGAUGCGAGAGUUGGGCUCUUGUUCCUCUUUGUGUUGGGUGCUAGCCGGGCUUCUGUUGCUAGACAACUAGAAGCCGUUGAGGUGGUAAUCUCUGAUGCAUCAGUUGUGCAGAUAAACCAGGGGCAAGAUGAGGAAGUAGUAAAGAAGGUUGCUCGGAAUGACAAUGUGUGCACCUUGUGUGAGGAAUUUGCUAAUGAGGCAAUUGAUUACCUUUCACAAAAUAAGACCCAGACUGAGAUAGUUGAGAUGCUUCACAAGAGCUGCUCACGUGUACCAUCUUUUAAGCAGCAGUGCAUUACACUUGUGGACUAUUAUGUUCCACUCUUCUUCAUGGAAGUCUCUUCAAUAAGGCCUGAAGAUUUCUGUCAGAAGGUCAAUCUAUGUCAGAAAGUUGCACUUAUUUCUUCACAAAUCCGUGAAGAUAGCUGUGGCAUGUGCCACCGUGCCAUUGCAGAAGUACUAAUUAAGUUGAAGGAUCCUGAUACACAGCUGGAUAUAAUUGAGCUCCUUUUGAAGGGAUGUGAUUCAAUGCAGAACUAUGUUAAAAAGUGUAAGAGGAUAGUUUUCGAGUAUGGGCCUCUGAUCCUUACAAAUGCGGAGCAGUUUCUGGAAACAACUGAUGUGUGCACCAUACUCCAUGCCUGUAAUGGUGCUAAGCAAGCAUCAGUGGCAGACUCAUAAUGGUUGCCUCAAUUACUUAUUAAACCACGAGGAUCUGUUGUAAAAUGUAGUAUAAGAACUUUAUUCCCUGGUGUGCAUGUAUAAUAAGUAUAUGUUUUAUUUAAAUUCGAUUGCUUAUUGAAGUUGUUCAAACCAGAAAUGUGGAAAGCAUAGUUUUCAGAAUCAGAAUAUGAUAUAUUGCUGUUGCUGUUUAAAUCA